AUGCUCAACCAAAAUAAGAACACUAAAGCGGCUGUGGAGUAUCUCGAAAAAACAAAAGCGGACGUCGAAUUCUGCAUCCUAAAUACACAAGCUCGAUUUCGUCUCGCAUUGCGUGGUAGUCCCUUAUGUAAUCGAACUGCUACAACAUUAGCUGAGAAAUCUGUUAAAUCAGUUGGAAUGUUGGAAAAUGCUAUAAAACGGCUUAUAAUCGAUGACAAGUGGGAAGAAACUGUAAAAUGGUUAAUUCCGCAUAUGUGUGACGAAGAUGAUCCUUCAUCUUAUAAAUACUUUCUAAAAAGACGCCGAUCUCAAGACCUACGCUUGAAUCGAUUUCUUUCCCAGCUUGUUAUCAUAACCGAGACUGGAUUUGGAAGGGAACUUAUUAAUCAAGACAUUCUUGCACUGCUGUUGGAACUUUGCAACCAUUAUCGAGAGACGAAUCAUAGCAUUUAUUUAAAUACAUUGAAAAUAUUAGCAAACAUUGUCAUGCAGAAUAAGUACUGCGCAACAGCAGUUGCAAAUUCAGAAUGGCUUCCAGUGCUCGCUGCUAUGGCUAAUUCACAGGUUUUUGAAGAAGUUCUAAUGGCUGAGAAGAUCUGCAAUAAUGGUUUGAGUGUUUUUGAUAGCAGUAGAAAGCCAUUAAAAACUAAUAUAUAUGAACUUUUUCGUCCUGAAGAUGACCAACCACCGACAGUCGAUCUAGUGCUAAUUCAUGGUAUCCGCGGUAGCGUUUUUUGGACCUGGCGAGAAAGAGAUAAUUCUUCAAAGACACUACGCUCCCGAUGUUGGCCAAGGGCGUGGCUUCCAGAGGAUGUUCCUGUUCCAAUGCGAAUACUUGCUAUUGAUUACUUGUCCUCUCUUGUACAUUUUGUAGGAGUUGUUGAAACACUGAGCACAAGGGCUCGAAAAUUUGCGGUGGAACUCAGAACAGCUGGUAUUGGUGAUCGACCUGUUCUGUUCAUUUGUCAUAGCAUGGGUGGACUGUUAGUGAAGCGAAUUUUAUUAGAUGAUUCAGAAAUACGUCGCAGCACGAUGGGGAUACUUUUUAUGGCAACGCCGCACCGAGGCAGUCCCUAUGCGAUGUAUGCACCAUUAGGCGUGCGGCCAUCUGAUGAUGUAAAACUUUUGUACCAGCAGAGUACAAUAAACAGACAGCUUCAUCAAGAUUUUCUUAAAAUUAUUGAUACAGUACCCGUGAUAAGUUCGGUGGCAGAAACGGAGAAAGCGCCAUUUAUAAUGCGUCAGAAAGGCAUAUUAGUGCCACCGGAAAGUGCUUAUUUGGAACGGGGCGCUUUCUAUCACAUAAAUGAUGCGCACCACAAUAUUUGCAAGCCCUCCAACCGACAGGACCGUAUCUAUGGUGUAAUUUUACUAUUUAUAAAUGACGCCAUCCACCAUAUUUUAAAGAAUAUAAAUUAG